AUGACCUUCACCUUCCCAGACAGAGGAGGCCAGGCUGAAGCCCUGGUGCUGAUGGGGAUAUUCCAGGGCACCAGUGAGAAGGAUCGUCCAUGUGAGACGUGUGGGAAGAACCUGGCAGACUGUCUGGGACACUAUGGAUAUCUGGACCUGGAGAUGCCCUGUUUUCACGUGGGCUAUUUCAAAGCCAUCAUUGGAAUCCUACAGAUGAUCUGUAAGACGUGUUCUCACAUCAUGUUGACCAAAGAGGAGAAACUACAGUUUAUGGAUGUGUUGAAGAGGCCAGGCCUAGCGUACCUCCAGAAACGAGGAAUGAAGAAGAAGAUAUCCGACAAAUGCCGCAAAAGGACAAUGUGUCUCAAUUGCUCCACGUUAAAUGGACCAGUGAAGAAGUGUGGCUUGCUAAAGAUCCUCACUGAGAAAUACAAGACAACCAAGAAAGUGGGCACUGUAGUAUCAGACUUUCUCAACUCAUUCGAUAUCGCAAUAGCAAACAAAGAAGUGGAGGGCUUGCUUAACAGGGCUCAGAAACUGAGUCCUCUGGUGGUGUUGAACCUGUUCAGGAGGAUUCACGAGGAGGACAUUCCCUGCUCCGUGAUGAACCCUGAGGCAGGUAAGCCUGCAGACCUCAUCUCUCACCGUCUGCUGGCCCCACUCUGCAUCCGCCCCUCUGUCAUCUCAGACCUCAGUCAAGGUACUACGAGGAUGACCCACAUGAAGCUCACAGAGAUCAUCUUCCUCAAUGACUCAUCAAGAAGAUCAAACCGUUGUGCGAGGGCCAAGACCCAGAUGAUCAUGGAGGACUGGGACUUCCUCCAGCUGCAAUGUGCUCUCUACAUCAACAGUGAGCUCUCUGGCAUCCCCCUCAACAUGGCCCCUAAGAAGUGGACCAGAGGCUUCGUUCAGAGACUCAAGGGCAAACAAGGGCGAUUCCGUGGAAACCUCUCGGGGAAGAGAGUGGACUUCUCUGGGAGAACKGUCAUCUCUCCGGACCCCAACCUGCGGAUUGAUGAGGUGGCUGUCCCUGUGCACGURGCCAAAAUCCUGACCUACCCAGAGAAGGUGAACAAGGCCAACUUGGAGAUGCUGAGGAAGCUGGUGCGUAGCGGUCCUGAGGACCACCCUGGAGCCAACUUCAUCCAGCAACGUCACACGCAGAUGAAGAG